AUGUUCUGUAUUUACUGUCAACAGCUGAAAAGAAAUUUGCCAGCGUACUUGGGUCCUUGGAGGGCUUCCCCAUGUGUCUUCAGAUCCUCCAAAUCGGAACUCAUGCCAAAUCUAGCCAGUGAUGGAGUUGUCUGUGCUCCGCUUCAAACAUUCACUGAAGAGGAGAUGAUGCUGAAAAAUAUGGUGACAAAAUUUGCUCAGGAACGAGUCGCACCUUUGGUACAAAAAAUGGAUGAGAAUUCAAAAAUGGAAGACUCUGUAAUACAAGGAUUGUUUGAACAAGGGCUGAUGAGUAUUGAGCUUGGGGAAGAAUAUGGAGGAACUGGAGCUUCAUUUUUUUCAGUCAUAUUGGUGGUAGAAGAAUUGGCCAAAGUUGAUCCAGCUGUUUCUCUUCUAUGUGAACUCCAAAAUACACUAACAAAUAAGUUGUUUAUCACAUAUGGAACAGAAGAACAAAAGAGAACUUACUUGCCCAGAGUCGCUAAAGAUACAAUAGGCAGUUUCUGUCUUUCGGAGGCUGGAUCUGGCAGUGAUGCUUUUUCUUUGAAGACUCGGGCUGAAAAGAAAGGAGACUACUAUAUUAUCAAUGGCUCAAAGAUGUGGAUUAGCUUAGCGGAACACGCAGGAGUCUUCUUUGUGAUGGCAAAUACAGAUCCGUCCUUAGGAUACAGGGGAAUUACAUGCUUCAUAGUAGAUCGCGACACAGAGGGACUACAUAUAGGGAAGAAGGAGGACAAGCUGGGAAUCAGAGCGUCUUCUACCUGCCCAGUAACAUUUGAAAACGUUAAGGUUCCUGCGACCAAUAUCCUGGGACAGGUUGGAAAAGGCUAUAAGCAUGCGAUUGGACUGCUGAAUACCGGCAGAAUAGGUAUUGCUGCACAGAUGUUAGGACUGGCACAGGGGUGUUUUGACCAUACAAUUCCCUAUACGAAGGAGAGAGUCCAGUUUGGGAAAAGCAUAUUCGAUUUCCAGGGGAUGCAACACCAGAUAGCUCAGGUGGCCACGCAGCUGGAGGCAGCGAGGUUGCUGACCUACAACGCAGCCCGUCUUGCGGAAACAGGAAGGCCUUUCAUAAAGGAGGCCAGCAUGGCCAAAUACUACGCUGCUGAGGUUGCAACACUGACAACUAGUAAAUGCAUUGAAUGGAUGGGUGGCGUUGGAUUCACCAAAAAUUAUCCAAUAGAAAAGUACUAUCGUGACUGCAAGAUAGGUACAAUAUAUGAAGGAACUUCAAACAUCCAGUUGAGCACCAUUGCAAAAAGCUUAGCGCAGGAAUACUGAAACCAUAAGGACUUUUUGACUGUUAACAGAAAUCAUUUCGCUAAACAUUCAUUGUGAAUUACACUUUUAUUUGUAAAUA